GAGAAAAGGGGGAACCGGCUCUCCUACUACACACAAUAAGGCUCCGUCAGUUGUUCCCCGACUGAGUUUGGUAACAUAUGGAUGGUCGUACAUUGCGGGUGGGCGCGUAACGUCGCGUUAAUGAAAUGCGGAAAGACUAAAGUAACUUUUAAGCCCCUUUUUCUAUGUUUAUAUUUAGUUUUAACGUGGAUUUUGGGAUAUUAAUAGUGAAUGUUGUAUUUGUAAUUGUGCAGGUGUCAGAAGUGUAAAAUGUGAAAUGUUAAUGUGGAUUUUAAUGUGAAGUUUAGUUCGUAGGAUUGUUAGAUUUAUUUGACAUUUGCAAGGUGUUACUACAUAGUUAUAUGGCACGAUAGGAUAAGGCAGUUUAUUAAAUGGUGGAAUGGCACGUGCUGGCAUGGCAUUAAGAAGAGGAACGAAUCAGGGGAAUACAGAUAGCAGCGGUGACGACGUUCAACGUUCCAUCGAGUUGUUAGAUCGAGUGCUCUCCGAAUUCGAUGAUGUGGAAAAUGCGAAUCAGGUUCAAAACAUUCAGCAGAUUACUACCUCUACAUCCACACCUCAACUACGCCACCAUCAAACCACCAAUAACCACCAUAAUUCAACAGCUCCUAGUAGUGGUACAACAACGACAACGCCAGACGACGAGAGUCCUUCACUGGGUGGUCACCAAUCGGAAGACGACGGAUACAUGAGUAUGAACGGUCGGAAAGCAAAAUUUAAUCUUUCUUUCAAACCACUCGCAGAACAUCAUGAAAAUCCCCCGCCUCCUCUAUUAUCGCCGCACCAAUUAAGAUCUCCUACGACAUUAGUUAGACCAGGAGAUCCGGAUGAUUUUCCACCGCCUCCCGAGGAAGCGCAAAGGUUGAUUGCUACGUUGCUACCAAAAGUUUCGCCAACUCACCGCCUUUCAAAAAAUCGUACUAGCGGUAUUUCGACACCGGUAGGAAAUUCUGGUAGAAAUAACCGUUCAUUUCCUCUCACACAAUUACCACAACGUAUGGACACGAUACCGCCUCCGCAAAGAUUUCAAAAUGAUCAUAACGCCACUUCUAAUAUCAACGGUCUACCUCCUGAUCCAAUUCAUACGGCCACACAAACAACAUUGCCAAAAACAAAACAUCAACGACCAUACGGUUGGGAAAAUAAUGAUUUCACGUUAGAUCCACCACCUCCUCCGCCUGGUUAUCGUUUUGGUAGUUUACCAUACCAACACUGUGUUUACCCCAUUACCUCACCUACUAGGGUACCUCCUAGAACUGUGCCUACUGCUUUAGAAAGACAUAGAGAAGUGAAAAGACAUGGCAGUGACGACAAUCUAUCUAGCGACUUAGAAGAAAUCCCAGCCUUACGUAUUCGUAGUGAAUUAGACGACGAGCAUUUUUCUGAUGAUUCUUUAGAGGAAAUACUUCCCCCACCUCCUCCGCCUGUUUGUAACAAACGAGCUAGUAUCGCUUGGGAAGUACCUUUAGACGACGAUGCUCUUCUUACACCUGGUAGCACAAAAGUAAUAGGGAGAAGAAGACGAAAAUCGGGUUCGUAUUCGAGUACGAGUUCAAUACCUAAUAGACUUAAAGAACUAGAAGAUUGGCCGGAUCCUCCUCCUUGCACAACUGAAGAUGAAGUAACUUCCCCAUUUUCGGAUUCCGAUGAACACGUUAUGUUACCAACGGAAUUGAAUAACGCUAAUAUGUCGGGAAAUAACACUUAUAUCGUUAGAAGAGGUAAUAAAGAACGCAAGUCCCUCCAAGCUAUAGGCAGCUCGUUAACCUCAAAUUCUUCGCUUAACUCUAGGUUAAGUUCAGAAUUUAGUAUACCAACAAGUAGAUUCAGUGGAGAAAUAAACCAUCGAUUAAGUCGAGAUCUCCACACGCCGAAUUCUAGAUAUAGCGUAGAUCUUGGUACGCCGCAUUCGAGAUUAAGCAACUCCCCAAAAUCUAGGUUAAGUUUGGAUUUGAACAACUCGAGAUUACUCAGUCAAGAAUUGAGUUCGUCCCCUUCGAGACACAGCGUAGAAUUGUCGAGCAGUAGAUCCAGCACACCCAGCAAACACGAUCAAGAUUUAAAAAAACACAGCACAACUUUUGAUAAUAUUAGAUCGUUAAUGAAAGAUGGAGUCGUUCAAGAUUUGGUAUCUCCGAAAACGGAAACCGCCAAAGAUUUUAGUCCGGUUGUAUCCCCGAUAGUGAGGGUAGUUUCUCUACCGAGCUUAAACGCCGAAGAAUACACGCCGAAGCGGGAAUUAGACGUGACAGUUGAAGAAGAAGAAGAAAUAGAAAGCUCCCAGCCUAGCGCAGAAAUAUCCCCUUUGAGGAAAAUUGAGCAAAAUAUUAGCGAAUUGUUGGAAAGGAGAGAUAUCGAAGUUGUACAACAAGAUCACGUUUUAAAUGGAGUCGAGGAUUUGAAUAAGGAAAAGAGAAGGGCUCCGUCCAAACCUUGCAGGGAUGCCAAACAGAGAAUUGAUUUGCAGAAAUCUAGCAGUCACAAUGAAAUUCAGAAAUCUGAAGAAUACUACAGACGACUUUUGAUUGAAGGUGGUAUUCCGUUUCCGAAAAGAAACGGCAUCCAGAAAUCGGAAAGUGCGAAGGAAAUGCUGAUAGCUCAUCGAGAACCAAGACCUCUUCCUACUUCAACAUCGGCGGAUUUUCCUGUACGAGUGGAGGUCCUCCAGCACGAGUUUCCGCCUUUACCACCAUCGCCAGUUGAAGAAGACGAAGACGAAUACACGGAAAUUUUACAUACUGUACAUAAAAGCAGAGCCGAUACGUUGCCGAAUAAUAACGAGCCACCCACAGUGCCUCCGCAUCGCGAACCGGGAUCCAACAGUCUGAAAACCCGAUCUAUGGACGUUAAUUACAGCCGAGGUCGUAGAACAAAUUUCUAUACCUCGUCGAAUAGAAACAUUCCAUCGGAGCGUCGAACUCUUCCCGCUGAGCUGCAAGAUAAACGAAGACCUUUCCAAAAACGAGCUUCCCAACAGAGCCCACAAGACGAGCACCAUCUUCAGACAUCGUGUAGUCUACCAGAAACUCCUAUUUUUGCUAGAGGUUGUGAUAUACCGAGGACUCCGCAUAGAAGAGCCCCAGAUAUACCUGGCGGUAAUCAAACCACGCCUAGGCAGAGUAAUACGAUAGGUAGCCUUAACACCAUCGGUACGACGAUAUCUAGUGGCGGGUACCGCCGCGGUCUAUCACAAACCGGUCUCGAACAAGCCAUUGUCGGAGCUGAACUUCUUCGUUUAGCUGGCGGACCAGGACGCGGUUGGUAUCCCAAACAGAGACAUCGACGUCCAGCUUCAAUAGAACAUCUAGAUAGAACGGCGAUGGGUCACAAUCCGUGGGAUACCACGACGUCGAAUAGAAAACCGCAGACUUUACCGCCGAAUUUAACUCCGAAGUUUUUCCAGAGAUCGCCCAGGGAUGCUCUUAGAAGGGUUACCAGUUUAUUGAUAAAAAAAGGAAAUAACGGCAAAGAAGGAAAAAAGGAAAAGGAUUUGGUAUCACCGACAAUACACGAAAACGCUAACGGUGAAGAAGUUCAGAAAAAGAAAGGUUUCUUUAAAAGCUUGUGGAAAAGAUCUCGGCACUAUUCUCUAGAGCAACAAUAGUGAACCUCCCCUCUUAUACAAGAAAUUUUUUUGUGUACAUUUUAUAUACCUAACAAUAAUUCAAUUCUAACUAGUAGUAUUACUAAACAUCAGAAAAAAAAGGGCACUCUUAUUUAUUACGUUACUGGGUUCGACAUUUUGGAAAUAUCAAUCUCAAUAAUUUUGUUGUAUCUUUUUGGAACAUUGAUACAAUUAGCAACUCACAUAAAUAAAUAAAUUUGACCAAGUGCUACCUAACAAUAUCGAAUUGUCUUGAUAAUAUCUCAGGUUAAAUUGAGAAACUUUUGAAAAAGAAGAAGAUAUGAUAUUGUCUUGAAAAUAUCCAGGUCAUGUGAUACUUCAAAAUUUGAAAAAGAAGAAGAGGUCAUUUCUUAUAGAGUAAAAAGUGAUAUAUACUGUACAAUAGAAUGAUUAAAGACAUGUGCUGUAUAAUACAAUAAUCAGCGACAUAUAUGGAUAAAAAAAUAAGAAAUUUGACAACUCUUUCAUCUAAGAAAACAGCUGAUCUAUUUUAAAAAGACGGUCGUGGGGUAAACAAUCGAUUUAUGUUGUUUUUUCCCUCAUAAAUCAUGUGAAAAUAGACUUAAUCAUUCAAUUUAUGGUUCGUUUAGUAUUUUUUAAGUGUUUCUUAAAAUGCUCCUAUUGAUUUAAAAACAAACUAUAGUGAAAAUUGAAAGAGAUUAGAACUUAGAAAAGACUACGAAAAAUAUUUGCAUCUUUAGACUUUUGAAUUAAACUAAAUAUCACCGAAAAAGUACCAUUAAUUGUUAAUGUCAACGCUCUGACAAAAUUUCAGAAACAAAUUCACUCAUUACCCCGAUAAAUUUUGUAUCUGAUCAAUAAAAAAAUUAUUUUGCUCAUGUCGUACCAAAUACUUACUUAUAGUUUCAAAUUUUUGAUAUUUCCAAAGUUUUGAACACGUUACGGGAUGUCCUUUAGUUACCGAAGUUGCUUUUUAAUUUUUUUUACUUCAGGAUGAAGUCUGAAAGGGCAUCCAGUAGAUGUAGAUAUUAUAUUACUAAUUUAUUACAUGUAACACGUUUAGCAAACACUCUUUGUAUUCGUAAAAAAAUAUUUUUGGCAGUUCAGAACAAAAUAAAUUUCGAAUAACAACCAUUUACAUAUUGUGAGGCUAACUAGGUUGUUCAGUUGGAUAAGUCAUUCUACUUUCUCCUACAAUUUGACUUUUGACGAUAUAAUUAUGUAGUUAUCGUAAUUUUUGGGAAUCAAAAAAAAACGAGCGAAAUCGACAAAUGAGUUUGGAAAAGAAACGACUUUUGUUCAUAAAUUUAGAUAAAAUUCAGUAUAAUUUAUAAUUAAGUAUAGUUUAUUUUCAAUUAAUCGAUAUAUUUUCAGUUUUUUCCUUGAAUUUUAGAUAUAAUUCCUCGAAAAAUAUUAGGCACCCCGUAAUACGUCUGUGAGAAUAAAUUUUCCAAUAUACAAUAAUAUAUUGUGAAGUACUAUGCAACUAACUAUACAUCUCUGUAAAUUAGUUUGCCAAUAUACUAUAUUGUGAGCAUUAUGCAACUAGCUACACAUCUCUGUAAAUUAGUUUGCCAAUAUACAAUAUAUUGUGAGCAUUAUGCAAUUAACUACACAUCUCUGUAAAUUAGUUUGCCAAUAUACAAUAUAUUGUGAGUAUUAUGCAACUAACCACACAUCUCUGUAAAUUAGUUUGCCAAUAUACAAUAUAUUGUGAGCAUUAUGCAACUAGCUACACAUCUCUGUAAAUUAGUUUGCCAAUAUACAAUAUAUUGUGAGUAUUAUGCAACUAACCACACAUCUCUGUAAAUUAGUUUGCCAAUAUACAAUAUAUUGUGAGUAUUAUGCAACUAACUAUACAUACAUCUCUGUAAAUUAGUUUGCCAUUCUAACUAAAUUUCUGCAUUUUUUCAGUUAUAGUUUUGACAAACGAUAGAUAAUGAUUCAUAUCAAGUUUUUAUUGGGUUCAAUUAUUGGCAUUUCUAGAGAAUUUUCAAAAUUUUACUAAUAUUCAAGGUGCCUUGUUUAAAAUAAACCAAACAGACUAUUACUUUUUAUAAAUCACUGUAUAAAAUUAAGUUUCCGUUUUAAUACAAAAUUUAAUUAGUUUCGGCGUUUAAUAAGUAUAUAAAUAAUAUAAAGGGUGAACACACUAUCCACUAUUUACCACUACAUAGACAUAUACCUUCGCCUGGCACACGUUUAGAUAACCAAGUUAUCUUCUUCAGUGAUCGAAGGUAUUUGUGAGUUUUGGUAUAAAAAACAGCUGGGAAUAUAACCAAAGGUUCCUGAAAUUCGACCUUACUUAUCUUUAAUUGGUGUGUAAUUAUAUAGUAUUGAAUUUUGUAUGUUUCAAAACGUACAUUUAGCAAUAAUUAUUCAAUAUUUUUCUUAAAAUUGUUCUGAACUAACCAAAUUAAAUUUUGCUUUUAUAAAAAUGUAUAAUUGUAUAUUAGUUUAAUUUAUAUUGAACAUAUUUUUCGUCCUGUGUGUUUUAUGGUUUAAUAAAAUUGAUUUAACAUU